CUAUCGCUGCCUUUACUCGACAAAGCUCGCGCGGGAGGCUCGUCACGGACGCUCGAACCUACGCUUUUUUCGUGAUUACCGCUAAUGGCUAUGAACUUUAUCAACGCUGUUUCUAUGAGAGAUUGAUUUGUUGUUUCAGGAUACACCUGUGCAUGGAAGGCAAAGAUGCAUAUUAUACUCACCGUGUUUAUCUACGCGUUGUGCGUUUCUGCUGAUGAAAGUGAAGAAAGACGAUCUAAACUCCCGUUCAUCGCAGAUGCCGUUGGUAAUAAGAUACCGCGGCCAUCCAGUGUGCCGGCAACAGUGGGCAGUCCAGUGAAUUUAUUGACACCCGAUAGAUAUGAAUUUUACACAUUUGACGAAUCUGGUGAACUUGUCAAAAGACUAAUGACGCUUGAAGAAAUUCAGGCAAUAGUUGCAGCUGGUGAAGAUACGGAUAGCUUAGUAACUUUUGCUAAUGACGAUCGACCAACAAUGACGUUUAACUUUAGUGAACCUCCAUAUACAAAAGUCUACAAUGUAGUUACUAAUGUACAGAAUGUUUUAAAAGCUCAAAUGGAAGCACAUAAGAAUAACCCUCAUUUGCAACCAACCUUUGAUACUCCCGAUGUAUCAGAUUCUUGGAGCUUAAUAUUACCUUCCAUAUUUGGCAAUACGGGAAUGGAUAUCGUACCAGAAAAAACUUCCAACUCUUUCAUAACACCUGAAACGGAUACUAUUGAUGUUGAUAAUUCCAAUGGUGACUAUUUAUAUGCAUUCAGUAAAGAAGGUAGCAAUCCAUCGCAUUCUACAGUUUCAACAGAGACUGUUGAUCAAAGCAAACCAACUUCUAUUCUUAAUCAGAAUUCAAAAACCACACCUGUAACUACAGAAAAAAUUGCAGCAAGUUCAGAUAAACCAACAAGUUCCACAAUACCUCCGCUUAUUACAACUGAAAAAAUUAAAGAAUCUACUUCUACAGUUAAACCUCCGUCGACCGUCACAACAAAAAUAUACACUAAUAAAUAUCCAACGAACGUAAAUAUAAUAACAACGCCAACAGAUACCAACAACCAAAGUGAAAAUUCUUUAAAUGAUGAUAAAAGUAUAGUAAAGAUUGAACUCACAACCCAGGCAACAAAAACAAUGAGUGAUAAUGAAGAUACUGUUUUCAUUCCUAUAUCAACAGUUUCGUACGUCACUGAGAGGUCUACAAAAAAACCUACUAAGAUUUCUUCUUUAAAACCGUCAAUUUCUUCAACCUUACACACAAAUGUUGAAGCAGAUAUAUCGUUGAGCAAUAAUUCUGAAUUGAAUCUAGCUAGUACUAAUAAACCACAAUCAACACCAGAGUUUACACCUGCAUCAUCGAGUAGAAAUCCAGAAUAUGAUCAUACCAAUUCAACAACUCUAACAACACAAUCUGUUUCUCCAUCUACGACCAUGUCUUCGACGGAAAUCAUUCCUGCAUCGAGCAAUGACGGCAUGAACGAAAAUAUAUUUAAUAAAGUAGAAGAUUCUUUGCCUCCAUUAUUUGACGUGGCGCAAAGUAUAAGUCAAAUCGCGUCGGAUCUUGGUAGCAAUCUCGAACCUUUGCCAACUACAAGCAAUAUGUUAGAUACAAACAAGUAUAAUCAAAACAAUAUGGACAUAGAGAGUAAAGAAAAUAUUGAGAUUGAUAUUCCUCAGGAUACUGAAAAAGUCUCCGAUAAUGGAAAUAACACAAUACCUGAUAACUACGUCAAAGUUUCUAUGUUGGAUCAUACUAAAAACAAUGAACAGAAUAUAGAAAAGAAUGAUGAAGAAAGCUCUAAAACAAAAAUUGAAGAAGACACCACCUUGCCAACUACAUUACCACCCACAGAAGUUACAACAGUUGCUGAUACUGAAACAACUACUAUUGAUCCUAUUUUAUCCGAAUCGAUGGGUGAUUUAUUAUCACAAGUUGUAUAUCACAAUGAUGACCUUAAACUACCUGAAUUAAGUGAGGGCAUCAAAGGCAACAACACAGAGUAUCAAGAUGUGACUGUGCCUGUAAAAGAUACCAAUGAAAUCGAUAUUACUACAACUGAAACACCUAUUGAUAAUAUUAUCACAUCGACUGAAACAAAUGACACCACUAAAAAUGAAGAUAAGAAAUUAAUUUCAAAGGAAAAUGUUGUAGCUUCAGUUGUGAAGAAAGAAACGACGCCUACUACAGAAAGAAUAAAUAAAAGCGAUGAUACGCCUACAUUUGUGCCAAUAUCAUCAUCUACACAUAAUAUACAAAUAAAUAAUUUAACUGGUUCAAGUUCUUCUAAUAAUUCUGACCAUAAAUACAUCAACACAAAAGUUGUGACUGUGCCACAUAUUCCAGUAUCGGAGAAAUCUGAUAAAAAACAAAAUAGUAAUUCACAAUCAGGUUUAUCUCAAGGUCAAAACGAAGAAACUAUAGGACAAUCUAAUAAAAAAACUUCGCAUAAAAACAUUUCUAAUGAAAACAAAUUAAAUGCAAAUAAAAACAUUGCGGCUAUUGAUAGCAAAAUAAAUUCAAAUAAAACAAUUGUACCUAAUGAGAACCAAAUAAAUGCAAAUAAAGAAGUUGCCUCUAAUGAGAACAAAAUAAAUGCAAAUAAAAACAUUGCGUCCAAUGACAACAAAAUAAAUGCAUCAGACAAUAAAAAGGUGGACAAUAAAUUAAAUAAAGUAUCGGAUAUUCCAAAAAUGGAAGAGUUCAAAAAGAAAUUUCAGAAGAUAAACAUUGAUGAUAAGGAAUUAUCGAAUGAGCGAAAUAAUUCUUGGAAGCUUAUACCUACAGUGCCUCCUCCAAAAUCUCACAGUGAAACAGGUAACAAAUAUAAACCUGAAGGAUUUUAUACUCCAGAAAAUAGCGCGGAUAAAAAUAUUGUAUUAGAUUUUUCUAAAGAAAAUCAAGGGUUAGAGGUAACAACGAAAGAUCUAAGUGAAGAUAUUUCACAAUUUAUUGAAUUAUGCAACGAUCUUGCUUUUCAAUAUUGGAAUGAUAUGUCAGGGCACAUAGAAAAAAAGAGGAGUUUUGUUUUUUCACCUUAUGCUAUUACAUCUAUGCUUACUAUGAUGUUUAUGGGCGCUAAAGGCGCCACAUCUGGAGAAAUGAACGAAAUUCUAAAAUUAGAUGAUAUGGUAACAUUUAAUCCUCAUUUUACCUUGAAAAAUAUAUCCGAUUCUAUAGAUAUAUCACCAGCCUCAGGCGUGGCCGUAUCUGCAUUUAUACGAGAACUUUACAGUGACCGUAGCAAAGGUAAAAUAUUAACUUUCUACAAAGAAAGAGCUCAGCAAUUUUACAACGGCCAUGUAGAAGAAGUAAACUUCAAAUUGAUAAGUGAUAUUAUUCGACGAAGAACAAAUCUUUUAGUGAAAAGAUACACUUAUGGGAAAAUCAUAGAAUAUAUGAAAAGCAAUUCUAUAGUUAUGCAACCGCCACUUGCAGCUUUUUCGACGAAUAUAUUUGAGACUGACUGCUCGGGUUCAACUGUAGAUGGCAGAGAUGGAGAGAUGUACUUCGUUGUAUCGCCAAACGUACGCCAGAGAAGAUUAGUUCCUGUGCCGGCAGUAGUAUUUCGUAGCAACUUUUUGGCUGGAUACGAUCCAGUGUUAGACGCCACUGCAGCUGCUUUAGGAAAUACAAACUCAGUAAUAAGUACAUUGUUCCUAAUGCCUGGCCAACAAGGCAAUAUAGUACACGCAGAUGAUUUGGAAGCUCUUGAGAAAAGAAUGCUGGAGUCAGGCCCAGCUACCCCAACAUGGAAUCGCCUAUUACGUACAUUGUUGCCACGUGUUGGUCUUGAACUUCAAAUCCCUAGAUUCUCACAUAAAUCGAUAUUUAAUAUCUCAUCUUCUUUGAAAAAAAUGGGAUUAAAAGAUUUGUUUGAUCCAGAACACGCUGACUUAGGUGGUGUUAACGGUCCAUCCAAAAACCUAUACUUAUCCGAUAUGAUUCAAGUCAAUUCAUUCGUCACUUGUGGCGAAAGCGUAAUAGGGGAACAGCAUCAUAUAGAAGAGUAUCCUGAAUCAUUGGAAUUAGUUGAGAAGGUACAAAAACGUAGAAGCUCGAGGUGGUUAAACUGGGAUGAACCAAGGGAUUAUCAGAGAGCAUUCCACGAUCCGCAUGACGUUGGAGAAGCGAUGCAUUUACCAUUACAUUUACGACCAAGGCAAGCUCGCCUGCCAGCAAGAAAUGCCCAGCCAGCGCGAUUAAAAUUCGACAGGCCAUUCCUGUAUUUUGUCAGGCACAACCCGUCAGGAAUGAUUUUAUAUGUAGGAAGAUACAACCCAAGACUCUUACCUUGAAACAAAAUAGACUGUUAGUGUAGUUUAAUUUAUCGAAUUCCUUUAAGGAGAGUGAUACAACAUACUGGCGCGUGGAUUUAUCAAAGUUUAGUUAAGGCGAGCAUUUACGUGACAGUAUUACUUGUUUUUGGUAUGCAGGUACCUUGAUAUUAUGUUGAACGUGUUUCUUCGUACCUUCAUACUAAAUGGAAUAAAAUAAUUUAGAUUUAAUAUGGGAUUGUAAUGAGGAAAAUAAGUUUCUGUAAAAAUAUAUUGUAGUUAGCACUUAGAGUUAGUUCAUUUCAUUGUAAUUAUCAUUCCAGAAUAAAUGCAAUAUUUCAAAUUA